UUUAAAACCACCUAGACGGAGCUCAUUAUCUGGCAGGAAGUUAGCUAACGGCUAACAGGAAGCCGAAUAACGAGGACUCAUUGAGGUGCAGGAAUUGGCAAAGAGCAACGAGUCCAACACUGGUCGUUACACUCGUUACAACUCCCCCUUAAACAGGAGGAACAAGCAGCCAGCCACCUGUGUGUGAAGACAGAAGCCGCUAUGUCUUCAGGGGUGGAUCUCAAGACUAAAGAGGAGAAGGAUGCUGAGUUGGACCGACGGAUCGAAGCCCUGAGGAAGAAGAAUGAAGCUCUGGUCAAGAGGUACCAGGAAAUAGAGGAAGACAAGAAGAAAGCAGAGCAGGAGGGCAUCGCCGUGACAACACCGCGUAAACCCCGCCCACAUGAGCCGGAGACGGACAGGAGGAAGACGGACAAAGAGAACUUCACCGUCACAGUCGACCUUUCUAAGCAGACAGGGGACAAGAGAAUCGUAAACGACUGGAAACCACCUCGAGCCCGGAAGACCUCAGAGGAGAGUGAUGCCCAAAGAUGGCCCAGCGACGGCCACCGUGGGCCCAAUGAGGGCCACCGGCGUGGGCCCACUGAGGGCCACCGAGGGCAGAGCGAAGGUCACAGAGAGCCAAAUGACAGCCCCCAAGGAGGUCCCAGUGAAGGCCAGCGGGGGCCAAACAGCGAGCACAGCCCCCAGAGGAGGACAGGGUCGGGACGGACGAGUCGGGGAGGUCAGAGAGGGGGACGCCAGGAGAAGAGAGAAUGGGAGCCCAGGACACCCAGAGAGGGAGAACCUGGGGAGAUGGGAGGACCGGGACGCAGAGGAGGGAGGAGAGGAAGAGGAGGAGAAGGGAGGGGGAGAGGGGGAGGAGAAGGGAGGGGGAGAGGAGGAGGAGGAGGAGAAGGAGGAGAAGGAGAAGGAGGAGAAGGGACACCAGGUGGCGCAGACAGGAAAUCCAAGGAGUGGGAGGAGAAGAGGAGACAGAACAUUGAGAAGAUGAAUGAGGAAAUGGAGAAAAUAGCAGAGUAUGAGAGAGGACAGCGGGCGGAUGGAGACAAGCCGAUACGUAACUUUCUAGAUGACCCGAGGCGUUCAGGCCCAGCGCCAGACAUAGACCGCAAGGAUGGCAGCCGGAGACAUGUGCGGAACUGGGGGGGCCUGGACUUCGAUAACGUCAAGACAGGAGGCGAAAUGGAGAGAGAGUGGACUAGUCGGAGGCCCGGUCCGAAGGGCUCUAUGGACAUGACCAUGUCUAUGACCGGACGGGAGAGAGCCGAGUACGUCCGCUGGAAGCAGGAGCGCGAGCAGAUUGACGAAGAGAGACUGGCACGCCAUCGUAACGCCACAGGCCAGUGGAGACGGGAGUGGGACGCACAGAAGACAGAGAACAUGUUUAAGGAAGACGCAUAUGUGGCCUCAGAGGGCAGCACACCUGAGCAGGGCAGCCGGAGAGAUGACAGUAAGCGCCCUCCUAAAACUCCGACGUUUGGUGACUUCAUGUCUCAGGGCCGGACCCCAGGGCCACGGGGCGAACGCGGUGAACGCGGCAGAGGGAGGGGCCGAGGACAGAGGGCCAGCUACAGCAUGCAUGACAACCGCUGGGAGGGAGACAGAGAAGAGGAGGAAAAGGAGAAGGAGGACAAGACAAAGAGAGAGGAGAGGGCUAAAAAGAACGAGAAGCAGGAAGAAAAAUCCAAAUCUCCUCCAACACAGAAGGUGGAGGCGAAGGAUGGAGACGGAGAAGACGACGAUGAGGAGUGGGAGGAUGCCAGUGGCGGAGAGGAUGAUGAAGGCAGCGACUCAGAACAGGACUCCAGAGGCGAGGAGAAGAAAGACGUCGGGAGGGAGAAACAAACCAAGAGCAAAGACAACUCCCCCACAUCUCCAACGCCUCGCUCUCGACCCACAUCAGCAGGAAGCCCCAAAGAGCAGCGCCCCCCCAGGCCGAAGGUCCACAUCCCCCCACCAACAGUUCAGGAGUCCCCGGAGGGAGGAAAGCCCCUCAGCCCCUUCCUGCCUCUGGAGAGCCACCAGCCUGUCUCAGACUGGGGGGAGGAGAUGGAGAUGCUGUCGCCCAGGAGCAGCAUGGGAGGCCAGAGCCCCCUGAAACCCCCCAGCGUUGAGACCAGCCCACCCCAGAAGAAGGAGCAGGAACCGGAGCCGGAGAGACAGACUGAACGUGCUGAGCCCCAGCAGGAAGAGGACACAGCCCUAGAUGUCGCCUCUCCUUCAGAAAAGUCUGUCGUAGUGUCAGAACCAGACUCCGUCCCCACAGAAUCCCCUGCUGCACCGCCAUCUGACCCCGCCCCCUCUCAGGUCGAUGAUGUUGCGGAGACGGUGGACGAGGAAACACCUGCUGCCCCAUCACAAGCUGACAAACUGGACGCCCCUCCAGCCGCCCUGCAGGCUGAGCAGAGCUCCUCUGAGUCAGAUGGAGAGAAAGAUGAGGACACAUCGCCCGCUGAGACCGAAGACGCUUCUGCAGCAGAGACAGAGGAGUCCUCACAGCAGAUGUCCUCAGGCUGAGGCUGCUGGGAACCUUGACACUCACUUCUGAGGGAAGAAGAAGGAAAGAUGAGAUGGACGAAGAGCAUCCCACUACUCAUCACCAGUGACCGCCACACACCUAAGUAGAACUCCAAGAAAUGAUAAAAAAGCAGAGGAGGAGGGACUGUCUCCCUCACCUUUUCCUAUUGGAUCAGUGGGUCUGAUAUUUCUGGAGUUAAGUAAAUGAAAAUGUAUAAUAUCCUUGCUGGAGGAUUAUGUUGUAUAUAUAUUUUUGACAGAAGAUCAUUAAGAAAAAUCACCUUUGAGCCCUCAGAGCUCAACAGAGGUCUGCAACAUUCAAAGAUUUGAAGUGUUUUAGUUGUUUUUUUAUGGCCCUAGCUGACCAGAAAUCAGUUUCUAAAGGGCUUUCUGAUGAUCAGUUCAGAGGUCCACAUCUUUUUUUAAACCUACUGACCGCCUGGCUCAGGAACAGAACAAAUAUGUGGCUAUUUUCCGUGUUGUUUUUGGCUGGAGGAUGAUUACUUCAUCAUUCACGAAUCAAACUGAUUUUGUAUCUCAAAAGGCCAGCAUGUUAGCUAGUUUAGCAUGUGGCAUCCUUCUGCCUUGUUGUAAACACAUGUGGCUUGGCUAAAAUGUACAAGAAGAAUGCGUUAAAAAUGAUUUAGUGCUGCUCUGCCUGAAGCCACAAAAGGCUUUAUGCAGUUUUUUUGAAAUAGUUUUAUGAUUAUCAUUUGCUUGACAGGUUUAUUUACACGCUCCCGUGUCGUUGUACAGACUCGACCUGCGAGUGUGAGCUCAGACCCUUUUUACUUUACACACACUAAAUAAAUGUAUUAAUGUAAUUUAAAUUGAUUGUUUUUAUGUAGAAAUUCUGCACACAGACUUCUCCAAACUGGUCCCAUUGAGCUCUGGUUGCCGUUGCUCUGAGUUGUUAAAGCCUCUGUUGUUGGCUGUGGUGGCCAACUUUUGAUUGUUCCAUCAGUGAUUUCCAUUAGUGCUCAGAAUGUGGAGAGCCUCCUGUUUGGCUUUAUUUUAUGGAUUUUAAUUAUUUCCCCAUGGAAUAUUGAUUUCCUACCAACAGGCAAUGGAAAUAUUUGUCUUUUUCAUAUUAGACCCACUGAAUCUAUGAAGAAGAGCUUCACUGUAGUAGAUCGUGGUGUUUUAAGUGUAAUAUAUCUGACGUUUUGAUGUAGGAUCACAGUGAUCAGAUUAACAUCAAGGAUCAGCUGUGUGGCUUAUGGCACUUUGACAGGACACCUCCUCCUCAUCCUCCUCCUCCUCUCAAUAUCUACCAAAAUAACAAUUCUGUUUUUCAGGGCGGCAGUCGCUUUCUUUCACAAUCAGAAUGCUUUUGUUUUUCUCACUGACAGACUGUGCUGUCAUUUUAUGAAUCCUCAGUGAUACACAGAAAUCUGUUUAUCUGGGAAAGUUCCACACUGCCUCUUUAACUGUUUUUAAAUCAAUGGCUUCAACCUAAUAAAUACUUGUCUCUAAUUUGGAAAGACAGACCUGUAUUAAAUGAAAGUGCUGAAACUUAUAUUUCUAGCGUAAUGAAGUUUGUUUUGGGAUGAAAGCCUUCACUCGUACCUCAGCAGACCAAAGGCUUUGAGUUUGGUUUGUUUUUGAGUUUUUCUUUGUUUUCUGCAAGUCUUUGAAUCAUGCCUGUGGACUCUGGGAUACCGGAGUUGCUUUAAUGUUGUUUUCUGGAUGAACAAAGCUGAUGCAUUUUGAUUCAAAUGAACUGCAAUAUGUACAGUUUUUAAAUGGAAAUGAACAUUCCACGACUGGGUGUUUUGUGCAACAUGUAGCCUGUGAGCUAUGAAACAUGACUCUGUUUUUUGCAUAAUGGAUGUUUGUUUUUCUGAGCUUCGAUGACUGGUUGUAAUUUAAGCAGGAGAUAUUUUCAUGUACAACCAUUUCUACAAUGUCUUCCUGUUUGAUACAUGAAUUCACAGAGAACCUCACGGUUUGGAGCUGUGCAACUGUUUUCAUAAAGAUUAUCAGCACUAGCAUGACUCCAAAAUUGUAUCUUUUUAAUGUUCUCAAAGCCAUAGAUGAAAUAAAUGUCCCUCAUCAACUCACACAUCAGAAGAGAGAGAAGCCCUGAUGUUUGUGUUCACAUGACAUGUAAAGCACAGUGUGGCUUUAUCAGUUUUUGUUUCUCUUAUUUAGCCAAUAAAUGUAUUUCUCCGA